AUGAAGGCGACAUUCUCCUCCCUGGCAACGGCCAUCACUCUGGGCGCCUCUGCUGUCCUUGCGAGUUCAGCAGUCAAGGCUCGGGAUAGCAGCAUCACUCCGAUCACCGUCAAGGGCAAUGCUUUUUUCCAGGGCGAUAACCGCUUCUACAUUCGUGGAGUCGACUACCAACCCGGCGGCUCCUCACAGCUGGAGGAUCCCAUCGCCGAUGCAGAUGUUUGCAAACGCGACAUCGCCAAGUUCAAGGAUCUGGGGCUCAACACCGUGCGUGUGUACUCGGUGGAUAACUCCCAGGACCAUGACGACUGUAUGAACGCUCUCGCCGAUGCCGGGAUCUACCUGGUCCUCGACGUCAACACCCCCAAGUACUCCCUCAAUAGGGCCCAGCCCAAGGAGUCUUACAACGAUGUCUAUCUCCAGUACAUCUUUGCUACGGUCGAAAUGUUUGCCAAGUAUCCCAACACUCUGGCCUUCUUCUCUGGAAACGAGGUCAUCAACGACGGCCCCUCCUCCGCCGCUGCUCCCUAUGUCAAAGCCGUCACCCGUGAUAUUCGCCAGUAUCUUCGUAGCCGCAAUCUUCGCCAAGUUCCCGUCGGAUAUUCUGCUGCCGAUAUCGACACCAACCGUCUUCAGAUGGCAGAAUAUAUGAACUGUGGUACCGACGAUGAGCGUAGUGACUUCUUCGCUUUCAACGACUACUCAUGGUGUGACCCCUCGUCCUUCACCACCUCCGGCUGGGAUCAGAAGGUUAAGAAUUUCACCGGCUACGGUCUGCCUCUCUUCCUGUCCGAGUACGGCUGCAACACCAACACCCGCAAGUUCGAGGAAGUCAGCGCUCUCUACUCCACCAAGAUGACCGGCGUCUACUCUGGCGGCCUCGUGUACGAGUAUUCCCAGGAGAGCAGCAACUAUGGAUUGGUCGAGGUUAGCGGCGACAAUGUCACGACUCUUGCCGACUAUGAUGCCCUCAAGACGGCCUACAACAACACCCCCAACCCCUCAGGGGACGGAGGAUACAACAAGACUGGCGGUGCCAGCGGUUGCCCCACCAAGGACGCCCCCAACUGGAACGUGGACGGUGAUACCCUCCCUGCCAUUCCUGCUCCCGCCAAGAAAUACAUGACUCAGGGUGCUGGCAAGGGAGUCGGUUUCUCUGGAGACGGUAGCCAGGACAAGGGCACCGCCUCCACGGGUACUGCAACUGCAGGCUCCGGCUCUGCUUCGUCCACUGGCUCUGCCUCUAGUUCUUCCUCCAAGGGUGCUGCCGCUGCUCUGCGUGUGCCGGGGACCGGUGUCGCGCCCAUUGUGGUUGGAAUGGUCACUGCCAUGUUUAGCGUUCUUGGUGCUUCUCUUAUCCUUUCCUAA